AUGUCAGGAAGGCGGACUGGCCUGAAUCCGAACACUGGAGCGAAGAAGCUGGUUGUGAAGAAUUUGAAGACAAACACGAGCUGGGACAGCAAAGCAUAUCUGGAGAAGAUUUGGGGUCAGCUAGAUGAAACUCUAGCACUGAUAUUCAAGGAUGGUCAGGAUGGCUUCAGUAAGGAGGAUUUGUACCGAGGGGUGGAAAAUGUGUGCAGACAAGGAGGAGCAUCAACAUUGUUCUCAAGGCUUGAGAACAGAUGUAAGAGCCAUAUCGAACGAGACGUGCGAGAGCCUUUGCUAGAGAAGGCUGGCUUGGACAAUGUCACAGUCUUGAAGGCUGUUCUGUUGGAGUGGGCUCGCUGGACCGAGCAGAUGAGCACCAUCCGGGCCAUCUUCUUCUUCCUGGAUCGCUCAUAUCUGCUUUCUUCAAGCAAGCCAACGCUGGACCAGUUCAUUCCACAGCUAUUCCGCGAGGUCGUAUUCAGCAAUGUCACCCUCAAACCAAAGAUCGUCGACGGGAUCUGCGAUCUGAUCAUGGUCGAUCGGACGAAGCCGGAGUCUCUCGAUCAAGACCUCUUUAAGCGCAGCGUCGACAUGUUGCAUUCCCUCUCUACAUAUUCGGCCUCCUUUGAGCCUAGUCUCCUUGGCCGCAGUCAGCACUUCGUUGCAGAAUGGUCCGACAAAAUGAUCAGCGAGAAGACCGUGCCGGAGUAUGUGGCUUUAUCUGACAAGCUCAUUGCUCGCGAGAUGCAGAGAUGCGAGGAAUAUGAUCUUGAUAGCAGUACCAAGAGAGAGCUACUCACUGUGCUGGAGGAUCAUCUCAUUCAGCAAAAAGAGGCUGAUCUAACGGACUACGAGGCAGUCUCAUCAUUACUGGAGACCAACGCAGUGGCUGAUUUGACCAAGCUUUACGCACUACUGAAGCGACGAAGACUCGGCAGCAAUCUGCGCCCUUCUUUCGAUAAAUGGGUGGACACAACAGGAACAAGCAUCGUCUUCGCAAAUCAGGCAGACGACAUGGUGAUCCACCUUCUGUCCUUGAAACGCAGGCUUGACUGCAUCUGGCAAACGGCAUUUCAGCGGGAUGAGAGUCUAGGACAUGGUCUCAGAGAGACAUUCGCGAUCUUCAUCAACAAGACGAAGAAGGGCGAGGCCACUCAUGGUACAGACAACACAAAAGUCGGCGAGAUGAUUGCCAAGUACGUUGAUCAGCUACUCCGGGGCGGUGCAAAAGCCAUUCCAGAAGACAACGAAGAUGAUGAUGUCGACGAAGAUGCAGAGAUCAAUAUUCAACUCGACCAAGUCUUGGACUUGUUCCGUUUUGUCCAAGGUAAAGCCGUAUUCGAGGCUUUCUACAAGAAGGAUCUUGCGCGCAGACUGCUCAUGGCACGCAGCGCCUCGGCGGAUGCUGAGCGUAGUAUGCUCACGCGUCUGAAGACCGAGUGCGGCAGCGGGUUCACGCAGAAUCUGGAGCAGAUGUUCAAGGAUGUGGAGCUUGCCCGAGAGGAGAUGCAGUCGUAUAAGCAACGCCUCGAGGAGCGUCUUGGCUUCGAGAAGGGCAAGAAGGUUGACCUCAGCGUCAACAUCUUGUCUGCGGCAGCCUGGCCAACAUAUCCCGACAUUCCUGUCAUCAUUCCUGCCAACAUCAAGCGCGCCAUUGAUGACUUUGAGUUGCAUUACAAGAGCAAGCACACUGGCCGAAAAUUGGAUUGGAAGCACGCUCUGGCGCACUGCCAGAUGAAAGCUACAUUUGGUAAGGGUAGCAAAGAACUUGUUGUGUCAAGCUUCCAGGCAAUCGUCAUGCUUUUGUUCAACGGACUUGGCGAUGGUGAUCAACUCUCCUACUCGCACAUUUUGUCAGAGACAGGUCUGCCGGAAGCUGAAGUCAAGCGAACACUUCAAUCCCUUGCUUGCGCCAAGCUCCGACCCCUGACCAAAAAUCCUCGCGGCAAAGAGAUCAACGACACCGACACCUUCUCCGUCAAUCUUACCUUUGAACACCCCAAGUAUCGCGUGAAAAUCAACCAGGUCCAGCUCAAGGAAACGAAGGAGGAGAACAAAGAGACCCAUAUGCGUGUGGCCGAAGACCGCAACUUCGAGUGCCAGGCGGCGAUCGUUCGCAUCAUGAAGAGUCGCAAGACCAUCUCGCAUCAAGAACUCGUUUCAGAGGUCAUCAAGGCUACUGUCAGCCGUGGCGUGCUUGGUAUGGGCGACAUCAAGAAGAACAUUGAUCGGUUGAUCGAGAAGGACUACAUGGAGCGUGAGGAAGGAAACAUGUACUCCUACAUCGCAUAG